CGAUACCGCCGGCGUGGACGAGUGCGCAUGUGUGCUGCGGGUUUGAAAGUGACUGGCGCUGACUGUGGCUCUCGGUGGAAACGGGCUGAAGAGUCAUUGUCAUGCCACCAUUUCGACAAGUUGGAGAGAAGCAGCUUCCCAAUGAAAUACUUUACAUGGUGUGGUCCCCUAAAAGGGAUCUCAUUGCACUUGCGAACAAAACAGGAGAGGUUUUACUUCAUCGCCUUGCCCACUUUCAGCGAGUAUGGAGUUUGGCACCUAAUGAAAACACAGGAAAAGAAGUAACAUCACUAGCUUGGAGGCCAGAUGGAAAGGUUUUAGCCUUUAGUCUUGCAGACACAAGACGAAUUGUUUUAUGUGAUGUGGAAAAAGCAGAGAUUCUACAUUUUUUCUCCUUGGAAAACUUAGUUACCUGUAUGCAUUGGACUGAGGUGAUGGAUCCAAAGAGUGCUGCUACCCCAGUUAGUUUACUAGAUGAAGAGGGGAGUCUUUUCUUGCCCAAGUUGCCUGCGCUACCAAAAAGUUACAGUACCUCUGCAAAGAUUUUCAGUGAAGAAAAAUCAGAUGAAGUCACAAAGCUAUUAGGUGACAAAAGGCUAAAUACCCUUGUUCUUGGUGGAGAUUCUGGAUUCAUCGAAUUAUAUGCAUACGGAAUGUACAAAAUUGCAACAGUAACACAGGUUGCAGGCCGCUGUCUGGAUCUUUGUUUGUCCAGUGACCUGAAAGCUUUGUCCAUUCUCACAGAAGUUCAAUUGUCCAAGGAACCAGAACCAAUUAUCAGCUAUUUUCAAUUGGAUACCACUUUGCUAUCGGAUUGUUUGCCUGAGGUAACUCGCAUGGCCCGGAAAUUCACCCAUAUCUCAACACUGCUCCAGUACCAAAAGCUAUCUUUGGCCUGCAUGUGUGAAGCAUGGGAGGAUAUUUUGAUGCAAAUGGACUUAAGACUGACAAAGUUUGUCCAGGAAAAGAGCACAAAGACUUCAGUGCAAGAAGAGUUCAUGGAACUACUGAUGUGGGGUAAGGCGAGUCCAGAGUUGCAAUCUUUGUUAAUGAAUCAGCUAACAGUUAAGGGUUUAAAGAAACUUGGACAAUCCAUAGAAUCAUCUUAUUCUAGUAUUCAGAAACUGGUUAUUAGUCACUUACAAAGUGGCUCAGAGGCUCUCCUGUAUCAUCUAAAUGAGCUAAAGGGAAUGGCAAUGUGGAAACAGAAAUACCAACCAUUAGGGUUGGAUGUGCCCGCCAUAGAAGAUGCCAUAAAUGCUGUGGGAACAUUUAUACUGAAAGCAAAUGAAUUGUUACAAGUUAUCGACAGUAGCAUGAAAAGCUUCAAGGCAUUUUUCCGUUGGCUAUAUGCAGCAAUGUUGAGGAUGUCUGAUGAUCAUGUUUUGCCAGAGCUAAACAAGAUGACACAUCGAGAUGUUUCCUUUGUUGCUGACUUCCUGUCUGAGCACUUUAAAGAGGCACCAGAGCUUUAUGAUCAAAAGGGCCAGUAUUUUAAUGUUGAGAGAGUUGGUCAGUAUUUAAAAGAUGAGGAUGAUGACCUAGUAACUCCUCCAGAAACUGAAGGAAAUCCUUGGUUUACCUUCUUACAAAAUAGUGUCCAUCUUAAAGAAAGUCCCUUGCUUUUUCCAUAUUUUCCCAAGAAAUCACUACAUUAUGUUAAAAGGCUUGUGGAAGCACAAAUUGAUAAUUGCCUACAAAAACCAGCUGAAGUAAUUGGAAAUUCUGUCCAUCAAGUUGUCUACAUGCCUCUGUACAAGCUGCAUCCAACUGAGGGGAUUGUACCCAGAUUUUCACUACCAUCAUUUUGGAAUGAUAAGUCAUCAAAUCUACAGUAUGUAGUGUUCACAAUGCACAGCAUUGAAUCUUCUAGAAUCUAUAUUAUGCGAAGACCUACAGACCUUUCAAGGUCUGUUCCUAAUUGGCUGCUUGCUGUGGAGUUUGGAGAUUUUGUGUGGAGCACCAGAAAUGACAAUAACAAGGAAAGUCAGUUCAGCUUUUUGGACGUUGGUUUUUAUGAUGAUGAAAUGCUGACAGUCCUACUGAAGGGACACACAGACAAAGAAGAGAAAGGUCGAAUCUUGGCACAGCUACCAUUAUCAUCUGUUUAUAUCAAUGAUGAAACCGAGGAAGAAUUCAAGUUGGCUACUGGUAAAAGGCUUGAUGAACAAACCAAUCAAAUUCCUGUUCAGACAGUAGUUCUUGAAAAUCAAUCCCGGACCUUAGAGAAUAUGAAAGCACAAUACCUUGCUGUAAACGGUAUUCGUAAAGUAUCUUGUGUGCUGAGUUCAAACUUGCGACAUGUGCGUGUUUUUGAAAUGGAUGUGGAAGAUGAUGGAGAGGUAGAUGAAGAGGAGGAAGAGCCAGAGUCUCAAGAUGUUGGUGGGACAAAAGAAAAGAUGGAAGAGACAGUGAAUGCUCAAGCUGAUUCUGGUGUCAAUGCUGUAACUGGUAUUGAGAAGCCUAUAUUGCUUGAGGAUGAUGCUUCCAGCCUGGAAUCUGUACCUGGAACCUGGAGUUAG